UAAUAAUCGCCAUAGGAAAAAGAUGGCUCUUGUCCAGUUUAAGAUUCCAAUCGCACCUUUAAUCAUCUUAUGUACUUCGGUUUCAUUCACACAUCUAGGAAUUGUAAUUAUUGACAAUAAAUCGUGGAUUCUUCCGGUCUCUUAUCUUCACGAGCAAGGGACUUUGUCUUCUUACUUAAAUAAGGGCUUUACAAAUCUUUAAAAAUUAUUUAAUUUUUCAGUUCAUCUCUGGCAUAAUCACAGCACUGUUUUCACAAUUUUUACUAAAUAUAAUAGGGUUUCAUUUAAUGUUUACAAUUAUAGCAUCCACAAUGAUUAUUUCUUUAAUUU